UCAGUGUGUGAGUGAGUGAGAGAGAGAGAUUGUGUUCAGUAGCUGCUUCAUGCACAAACUUUCCUUCGGUAGAGCAGGGCCAAAUUCUCAAACUGGUUGGAUGUACACGAAAGGUGAGUAGAUUAGUUUUUUUUUCCCCUUUCUUUAGUGUUAGGUGGGGCGUGUGGAGGUGAAGGAAGGAGUCAUUGUGAGUCAGCUGAUAUGUUGUUUGAGUCAGUGGGUCAGUGGAUGGGUUUGAUGAAUGACUCAAGAAGAUUGCUGUUGGGAUGUUUGGUGGCUGCUCCAUUGGUGUAGUCUCAUCUCAUUGUCCUUGGAUUGUUGUUUAUUUACUUGUUGUAACAGCUGUUCCUUGCUCGCUACAUCCUUCAUCGUAGCUGUUACUGUUUUGUAAUUUCUCGUGUUUGUACAUCUGUGUCUGUAAGUGUGCGUCUGUAUGUCUGUGUCUGUUGUGUCUGUAUGUCUGUGUCUGUGUUUCUGUGUAUGUUGUGCCUGUAUGUUUGUGUGUCUGUGUGUCUGCAUGUUGGUAUGACUGCGUCUGUUUGUCUGCCUCUGUAUGUCUGCAUCUGUAUGUCUGUGUCUGCAUGUCUUUGUAUAUCCGCAUCUGCUUGUCUGUAUGUCUGUGUCUGUAUGUCUGUGUUUGUAUGGCAGUGUCUGUAAGCAUAAGUGCAGGUUACUGUUCUUAUUUGAUGUAUCACUAAUUAUCUGUGUUGUCUAGAAAUUGAAUUUUAAAUUUGAUCCUGAGGUGGUUUCAAAGUACUUAUUGUAAAAUGCCUGUCCUAACUGUUAACAGUAUGUAUAUAAAUAUAUUGUUGAAUGGGACUGUACCUUAACUUUAUGUGCAUAUGUAUGCAAGAACUAGUGUAUUUUGCACCGUUACAAAAUCAAUUGUAAUAAAUGUAAUUAUGUAACGUUGUAAACAUGAAAUAGUAUUGAUUUAAAUUCUGUGUAAAAAUAUAUAUAUGCUUCUUUUAAAUUUAAUUUAUUUAUACGUCAUAUGCGAUGUCCUAUGCAUAUCAUUUCCAAUUGUGUACACAAGACUUAACAUUGAAAGGACUCUAACAGUGCAAAUGAAAUAUCAAAAGUUUGUUUCACUUUAAAUAUGAUUGGUUUUUUUUUUCUUUUUUUUUUUAUAAAUAGCUCCUGAACAUUAUGUAACACUCCACCGAUACAACUCUUUUUUUUACUGGUCACCCUUAGACCUAAUUUAAGAUCAAUAUUGCAUGUGAUUCUUUACUCAACAAUCAGCGUGCCUUCUUCCUUCAACUAUCUCUCUGCAACUCUCUAACCACACAAACUAUAGCAUCCAGCAACGUCAUCUCUCCUCGCCAAAUACGCCACAAUAAACGCAAAGCACAUACGCAAACAACUCCACCAUUAAUCUCCACACCAAAACACUCACUCACUGAACCAAUCAUCAAGAACACGCAUUGGUACAUGACGUUAUUAUAGGGUGUACUUGAUUGAACUUUACAAACAGACGAUUACAAUCGAGCCCGUUAGUCUGUUUACCAAAUUGGUCGUUAAUUAACAUCUGGGACGUUGUAAAACAAACAAACAAAAAUGUCCUACUAAUUAAGACCACCUACUUAACUUCGUCAUGGCAACCUGCGUGGGUGGAGAUACCUGGCUGAAGCAGCGGUUUGCUGCUAUUAGGUACUUAUAACACGUGAUGUUUUGUUGUUUGUUUGUUUGUUGUUGUUUUUUUUUUGCCUUUGGAGCACUUGCCCGAAAUAAAACAUGACAUCACCAGUCAAUUAACUCUACCAUCAGCAGGUGAGGUUAUCAAGGUCACAGCCAUUUUGGAGCAACACUUCUUGGUGUUUCUAUAGCAACGGCAAUGUGGUUUCACUUGUGUCGGUACUCAAACGCACAAAUUUGUGUCAGUCAAUGGUGUGUUGUUUUGUUGUUGUUGUUUUUUUACACGGCUUAUGAGGUCAAUCCAUCUUUGUAGACAUCAGGCUGUGGGGUCAGGGUGGGGGUGGGGAGGCUUAAGGUGACUGUAUUUAUAGAUAAUAAAAUCACAACUUGUAGACGGGGAAUAUAUCAUAGUAACGUUAAAGUUCCCCUUUUCGUAUACUCCCUCAUGUUGCCAUGGCUAAGUUACCUAUGUGAUAUACUACCGUAGUGUAGCGUGGUGAAGCUGCCAUGAUGAUACGCUUGUCAUUGUUCCAAUGCCAAGUAGCCUCGUGUGAUGCCCAUCUCAUUUUUUGUUAUUGCAAAGUAGCUUUUGUGAUGGAACUAAUGUAUCAUUGCAAAGUUACCCUUCUGAUGUAAUUCUUUCAUCUUUCAUUAAGAUAGCUCUGUAAAUUAAAGUCAUCUUAUAUCUCCGAGCAGAUUUGUCUCGAAAGACCCGAAAAUACCCCCCCCCCCCCACAAAUCCCCAACUCUUGUGUUCCCCCCCCCCCGGGGUGUUAGCCACAAAACUAAUUGGGGAGUGCUGGGUUGUCUCAAGGGCUACAAAUAUGCCUUGUUACCUGUUGGCCAGUCCACCCACUGAUAAAUAGAGCACACCUUAUCGAGGUAGAAAGUUAAGCAUCAGAUACAACACUGUUACCCAUGAGCCCCGGAACCAUAAAUAUUAGAAAUUGUCUCAUCUAUUUUAUUUACCUUUUAUAGAAGUUUUAUUUAAUGAUGCAGUAUAGAGCUUUGUGGGUGCUGCAAGAAGGAUUCAACAAUUUGUUCGAAGCUUAAGUGCAUGCUAGGUACCUAGGGCGCUUCUUCAAUAUACAUGUAGACUAUUGUAGGUACUUAGGGCGCUUCUUUCCUAUAACUGUGGACUAUGUGAGACAGCUAGGGCGCUACUUCCUUUACAUGUGAAAAUGUUAGACACCUAGGGCGCUCCUUGCCUAUGCAUGUGAACUAUAUUAGCCACCUAGGACGCUGCUUCCCUAUACAUGUUGACUAUGCUAGGCACCUAGGGCGCUACUACCAAAUAAAUGUUAACUAUGUUAGGCACCUAAGGUGCUCCUUCCUUACACAUGUUGAUUAUGUUAACCACCUAGCACGCUCCUUCCCUAUACAUUUGACCAGCAUGCAGUGCUAUAACUUAAUCCUAAUUUAAUAAAAUCACAAGCUUACUCAAAACGCCUCUUCAAGCUUUAAGCGUAAUGUUAAUAAGUAUUGUUGUGUCCCCGCGGCACAUACUGUUACGACAUGGCAGGAUAAUAUUGUGUCUAGCAAUGUUUAUCAAACAGUUCAUAUCCACAUUGAAGCUGUACUAAAUGUACUUCAAUACGCUGAGAAUAAAACCAAAAUCAGAAACAAAAAUUCUCCAUAAGACAGUGGGCUUUGUCCUUAAAAAGUUGAAUUUAAUAUCUAGGUCUGCAACAAAAUAAAAGAAUGUAAGCCAUGGUGCCCCUCCGCGUAUCAUGAAUUGUUAGGGUAAAAUGAAAAGAAAAUAUAAUUAAUAAAUCCGGUGCCGAUAAUUGGUGCGAUUCGAAACGUGUCCACUGGUCAGCCAAAUUGAAAAUUGUGGGGAAAACUCUUGUAGAGCAUAUCGAAAUGUUAUGGGAGCAAAUUAAUACCAUGUGUACAUUGCAACAACAACAAAAAAAAAACACUACAUAAUGAAGGUGUGGCUAAAUGAGGUUUAUUUAUAUCUAGAUGUGGAGUGAACCCUCGAAACAGGUUCAGAAUCAUGUGUGUAAUCUUGGUCAGUAACAUGAUGAACAUCAUUUUUAGUGUUUUGAACAUCAGUGUCAGUAGUUUGAACAUCAUUGUCAGUGUUUUGAACAUCAAUGUCAGUGUUUUGAAGAUAAAUGGCAGUGUUUUGAACAUCAAUGUCAGUGUUUAGAACAUCAAUGUCAGUGUUUUGAACAUCAAUGUCAGUGUUUUGAACAUCAAUGUAAGUGUUUAGAACAUCAAUGUCAGUGUUUUGAACAUCAAUGUCAGUGUUUUGAACAUCAAUGUAAGUGUUUAGAACAUCAAUGUCAGUGUUUUGAACAUCAGUGAAGUGUUUUGAAUGUUAAUUUUGAACAUCAAUGUCAGUGUUUUGAACAUCAAUGUCAGUGUUUUGAUCAUCAAUGUCAGUGUUUUGAACAUCAAUGUCAGUGUUUUGAACAUCAAUGUCUGUGUUUUGAACAUCAAUGUCAGUGUUUUGAACAUCAAUGUCAGUGUUUUGAACAUCAAUGUAAGUGUUUAGAACAUCAAUGUCAGUGUUUUGAACAUCAGUGAAAGUGUUUUGAAUGUUAAUUUUGAACAUCAAUUUCAGUGUUUUGAACAUCAAUGUCAGUGUUUUGAACAUCAAUGUCAGUGUUUUGAACAUCAAUGUAAGUGUUUAGAACAUCAAUGUCAAUGUUUUGAACAUCAAUGUCAGUGUUUGAACAUCAAUGUAAGUGUUUUGAACAUCAAUGUCAGUGUUUUGAACAUCAAUGUCAGUGUUUUGAACAUCAAUGUAAGUGUUUAGAACAUCAAUGUCAGUGUUUUGAACAUCAAUGUCAGUGUUUUGAACAUCAAUGUAAGUGUUUUGAACAUCAAUGGCAGUGUUUUGAACAUCAAUGUCAGUGUUUUGAACAUCAAUGUAAGUGUUUUGAACAUCAAUAUCAGUGUUUUGAACAUCAAUGUCUGUGUUUUGAACAUCAAUGUAAGUGUUUUGAACAUCAAUGUCAGUGUUUUGAACAUCAAUGUCUGUGUUUAGAACAUCAAUGUCAGUGUUUUGAACAUCAAUGUCAGUGUUUUGAACAUCAAUGUAAGUGUUUUGAACAUCAAUGUCAGUGUUUUGAACAUCAGUGAAAUUGUUUUGAACAUCAAUGUCAGUGUUUAGAACAUCAAUGUCAGUGUUUAGAACAUCAAAGUCUGUGUUUUGAACAUCAAUGUCAGUGUUUUGAACAUCAAUGUCAGUGUUUUGAACAUCAGUGAAAGUGUUUUGAAUGUUAAUUUUGAACAUCAAUGUCUGUGUUUUGAAUAUGAUAUGUUAGAAUAGCAUCAAAAAUUUAAAGAGAACAUUUUAAAACAGAUAAAUGAAAAACGAAAUUGUCGAGAGAUAUUUUAAUGGUCAACAAACCAUUUCGCAAAUCUCCUUUACAUCAAAUGCCAGUCUAUCUCACCAUAAUAUCUCCUUUAAAUCAAACUCAUAUCUCUCUCAUCAUGAUGGACUCAUCCAUUCUCUUGUGUUUCAGGAAUGCCAUAGGAUUUGGAUAGUAGCACCACAUGUCUUUAAAGCAGGUGCAUGAGGUAAGUCGGAUGUCAUUGAAACAUCACUACUUUAUAUCAAGGUGCAUGAGGUAAGUCGUAUGUCAUUGAACCAUCACUACUUUAUAUCAAGGUGCAUGAGGUAGGUCGGAUGUCAUUCAACCAUCACUACUUUAUAUCAAGGUGCAUGAAGUAAGUCGGAUGUCAUUGAACCAUCACUACUUUAUAUUAAGGCGCAUGAGGUAAGUCGUAUAUCAUUGAACCAUCACUACUUUAUAUCAAGGUGCAUGAGGUAAGUCGGAUGUCAUUGAACCAUCACUACUUUAUAUCAAGGUGCAUGAGGUAAGUCGGAUGUCAUUGAACCAUCACUACUUUAUAUCUAUGUGCAUGAGGUAAGUCGGAUGUCAUUGAACCAUCACUACUUUAUAUCAAGGUGCAUGAGGUAAGUCGGAUGUCAUUGAACCAUCACUACUUUAUAUCAAGGUGCAUGAGGUAAGUCGUAUGUCAUUGAACCAUCACUACUUUAUAUCAAGGUGCAUGAGGUAGGUCGGAUGUCAUUGAACCAUCACUACUUUAUAUCAAGGUGCAUGAAGUAAGUCGGAUGUCAUUGAACCAUCACUACUUUAUAUCUAUGUGCAUGAGGUAAGUCGUAUAUCAUUGAACCAUCACUACUUUAUAUCAAGGUGCAUGAGGUAAGUCGGAUGUCAUUGAACCAUCACUACUUUAUAUCAAGGUGCAUGAGGUAAGUCGGAUGUCAUUGAACCAUCACUACUUUAUAUCUAUGUGCAUGAGGUAAGUCGGAUGUCAUUGAACCAUCACUACUUUAUAUCAAGGUGCAUGAGGUAAGUCGGAUGUCAUUGAACCAUCACUACUUUAUAUCAAGGUGCAUGAGGUAAGUAGGAUGUCAUUGAACCAUCACUACUUUAUAUCAUGGCUAUUAGGUUAGACUGAUAUCUUUUGAUUAUCACCCCGCACCCCCCAAAAAAUGGUUAAAAAUUUAUUUUAAAACACUUUAAAUGAAGGGUUGGACACCCUACAGCCUGGGGGCCCACAUGGAUCCCGCCGAAACGUUGAAUUGGGGCGGGCUAGAACUUAACGAGAGCUGGAAUAAUGUUUUCGUAAAAAGUUAUUUUAAAAAUUGUGAAAGAUUUUUAUCUGUUAAAGCAAACAAACAAAAAUCAUUAAAGGACGCAAUAGUCAACCCAUAAUAAUCUCAGUACAGAAAAUAAAAAAAAAAAUGUACUACCUAUUUUCGGACUACACUCGAAGUGAAUUUCCGAAGCACAACUUGAAUGGCGGUAUUCGCCCUUUUAAUUGAACAUUUGGUCGGCCAGAAUGAAAUUAAUGACCAUUAAUGCGGCACUGUGCACAAUUAAGGUUUCCCAUCCCUUCUACAACUGAGGCAUUAAUCAAACUUAAGCGAUUCUUAAAAUCUGAACGCGAUCUCUUGUCUUAAUUUCGGCCCUUAAGAUAUAGAAGAAGAAGGGUGUGCCUUUAAUACGCUUUUUUGUUUUUGCACAUAAACUUUAGCUACCUAUCCAUGGCCUGCUACCUAUCCAUGGCCUGCUACCUAUCCAUGGCCUGCUACCCAUCCAUGGCCUGCUACCCAUCCAUGGCCUGCUACCCAUCCAUGGCCUGCUACCUAUCCAUGGCCUGCUACCUAUCCAUGGCCUGCUACCUAUCCAUGGCCUGCUACCUAUCCAUGGCCUGCUACCCAUCCAUGGCCUGCUACCUAUCCAUGGCCUGAUACCUAUCCAUGGCCUGCUACCUAUCCAUGGCCUGCUACCUAUCCAUGGCCUGCUACCUAUCCAUGGCCUGCUACCCAUCCAUGGCCUGCUACCCAUCCAUGGCCUGCUACCUAUCCCUGGCCUGCUACCUAUCCAUGGCCUGCUACCUAUCCAUGGCCUGCUACCUAUCCAUGGCCUGCUACCUAUCCAUGGCCUGCUCAAGGUACCAGCUAAGAUACUGCCCACGUUAGAAUCACUUUUCAUACUGCCCAAAUGCAAGUUAAGAAAAUAAGUAUUAAGUAAUAGCAUUGUUCAUUCUUUGUUUAAAAUGAAAACAAUGCAAUUAGCUCAUUACCUAAUCCCUACUGUUUUAUUUGCUAACACUUUUGUAAGAUUAUACUUAAAAGGGGCGCCAGAGUUAAGCUAACCCAGGGCGCCAGAAAUCGUAGGACCGGCCGAGAUAUUAACAUGAAAUAAAUGUAUAAUUAGCGGUAGCUUUAGUUUGCUCCAUCUCUGCCUCCGAGAUCUUCGCGGACUUGGCAUUUGUAGGGACACCCGCGACCUUUGCUGGCUUUUUAUCUUCUCUAAUCUCGUCUGGAGGGAUGCAUUCAGUGGCGAGCUUUACGUUGGCCAUCUCAACAUGUACCCCAGGACUACCGAUGCAUGGCUGAAAUGCAAGCCAUAGAAUUGUGAGCGAGAUGUGUAUGAGAGCAAACUUUGAUCCACGUAGGUAGCGCCGGUCUUGUCUUGGUGCAGAGUCCGUUCUUUUGUGACGUGUUUGUUAAUAAGAUGUCAAAGACAUUAUCUAAAGCUUUGAGUGAAACUGGUACAUUACACAAUCAAAUUAAUUAUUCUACAGUGCAAGAGUUUGAAGCCUGCUGAGCUUCAGUAUUACCUUCUGGUGUUAGAGUUCAUUUAAAAAAAAAACAACUUAUGAAAUCGAAUUAUAUCACAAUAAUAAAUCUGCAACAGCCUGUUGACUUAUGUAAAGCAAAUUGUUUGGCAAAAUAAAAUAAUGAAGAAUACAUUCGAAUCACUGCAUUACAGUUACUCUUGAUCAGCUCGAUCAAAGCAAAUUAAUUCCCUCAUUGCAAGAAGAAAAAAAAAUAUAUAUUAAGCAUGCUUUGAUUCCUUAGUAAAAUUUCAUGUUAAUAUAUUAUUUUAAAAAAAUAUAUUAAGCCAUUUGACUAAGGAAUCAAAGGUCAUUUGCAUUUUUAGUAUCAAUGAAUGAAUCUUACCACGCUGUAUGCAACUGCUAAUGUUAAAAAAGAUGGCGCGAUCAUGUUCUCCACUUAAUUGGCUUGCCAAGCCACGACACAGAAUUGAUACAAGUCUGACCCUACUGCUAAAAGUACCAAGCAUAUUUUUUUAGAGGCAGUAGUGUAAACAUAAGUUUGAAAACUUUGCCGUUCAACUUCAUUGUUAACUGGUUCUAUGAUGAAGGUUGGUUGUCAUUUGAUCGUAUAACGAAAGUUGAUAUUCAAGUGGUUAUGCAAUGACAACUGAUUUUCAUGUGAUUAUGUAAUGAAAGUUGAUUGUCAAGUGAUUGUGUAAUGAAAUUUGAUGGUCAAAUGAUUAUGUAAUGAAAGUAAAUGGUCAAGUGAUUACAUAGUGACAGUUAAUGGUCAAGUAAUUUUAUAAUGAAAGUUAAUGGUCAAGUGAUUAUGUGAUGACUCUUAAUGGGCAAGUGGUUAUGUAAUGACACUUAAUGGUCAAGUGGUUAUGUAAUGACACUUAAUGGUCAAGUGGUUAUGUAAUGACACUUAAUGGUCAAGUGGUUAUGUUAUGACACUUAAUGGUCAAGUGGUUAUGUAAUGACACUUAAUGGUCAAGUGAUUAUGUAAUGACACUUAAUGGUCAAGAGUGCUUUUGGGGGGUGGGGCAUUGGAUUGUGGGGCAUUGGAUGGUGAGGCAUUGGACGGUGGGCAUUGGAUGGUGGGCAUUGAAUGGUAUGCAUUGGACGGUGGGGCAUUGGAUGGUGGGGCAUUGGACGGUGGGGCAUUGAAUGGUGGGGCAUUGGACGGAGGGACAUUGGAUGUUGGGGCAUUGCAUGUUAGGGCAUUGGAUGGUGGGGCAGAGAAAAGUGGAUUGAUCGUGAACUUAACCUAGUAAAUGAAGAGUUAUCCCUUACACAUGUAGCAUGUACUACAAACCUUGGCUAGGAAUACAAACUACGCAGUUAUGAUUGCUCUUAACUUUGCCUAGCCACAAAACGCUAUACGGGGUCGAAGGAGUGUUGGUUGUUUCUUUUUUUUUUUAGAAAGUACACUUAUGUUUUUUAGUAUCCUAAAUGGCCAUAAUUACUAAUCGCUGGUUUUUGUAUAGUGGUUUGAUACACAGUGGUUCAUGUCCACCUCCUCUUAACACAUACUGGUGCAUUUCCACUUCAUAUUAACACUCUCAAGUACUACGCAUAAAUUCAUAUACUCACUCACUUAAUACCACACGCUAGUUCAUGUACUCUCCAAAUAAUACAUGCAAGCUCAUAUACUCACCAAAUACUACACACUAGUUCAUGUACUCACCUAAUACUACCCACAAGCUCAUAUACUCACCAAAUACUACACACUGAUUCAUAUACUCAUCAAAUACUACACACUAGUUCAUGCACUCACAAAAUACUAUACACUAGUUCAUGCACUCACCAAAUACUACACACUAGUUCAUGUACACCUCAUUUAACACUGUGCCAGUUAUUCAUAUCUCAACCCAAAUCUGAGGUGAAAUCAUGGAAGACACCUGGCCAAAAACAUUCUCUUUCUCACGUCUGAUCAACUCUUUAGUUAACAUGCCAUGUGAUCAUCAGUUAAAAUGUCAUUUGAUCAUCAGUUAACAUGUCAUUUGAUCAUUAGUUAACAUGUCAUUUGAUCAUCAGAUAACAUGUCAUGUGAUCAUCAGUUAAAAUGUCAUUUGAUCAUCAGUUAACAUGUCAUGUGAUCAUCAGUUAAAAUGUCAUUUGAUCAUCAGUUAACAUAUCAUGUGAUCAUCAGUUCAAUGUAAUUUGAUCAUCAGUUAACAUGUCAUGUGAUCAUCAGUUAACAUGUCAUGUGAUCAUCAGUUAACAUGUCAUUUGAUCAUCAGUUAACAUGUCAUUUGAUCAUCAGUUAACAUGUCAUGUGAUCAUCAGUUAAAAUGUCAUUUGAUCAUCAGUUAACAUGUCAUGUGAUCAUCAGUUAACAUGUCAUGUGAUCAUCAGUUAACAUGUCAUUUGAUCAUCAGUUAACAUGUCAUUUGAUCAUCAGUUAACAUGUCAUGUGAUCAUCAGUUAAAAUGUCAUUUGAUCAUCAGUUAACAUGUCAUGUGAUCAUCAGUUAAAAUGUCAUGUGAUCAUCAGUUAACAUGUCAUGUGAUCAUCAGUUAAAAUGGCAUUUGAUCAUCAGUUAACAUGUCAUGUGAUCAUCAGUUAAAAUUUCAUUUGAUCAUCAGUUAACACGUCAUGUGAUCAUCAGUUAACACGUCAUGUGAUCGUCAGUUAACAUGUCAUGUGAUCAUCAGUUAAAAUGUCAUUUGAUCAUCAGUUAACAUGUCAUGUGAUCAUCAGUUAACAUGUCAUGUGAUCAUCAGUUAACAUGUCAUGUGAUCAUAAGUUAACACGUCAUGUGAUCGUCAGUUAACACGUCAUGUGAUCGUCAGUUAACAUGUCAUGUGAUCAUCAGUUAACACGUCAUGUGAUCGUCAGUUAACAUGUCAUGUGAUCAUCAGUUAACAAGCAAAAUACAAGACCACUGUGGCAUCUUAUGUUUAUAGUUUCAAUAUCUUUGCCCGGUGAAUGACUUGACCAAAAUUAAUUUGAUUAGUAGUAUAGCAUAAUGUAUUGUUUACAUUAACUUUAUAGUAGUAUUGUAUAAUAUAAUGUUUACAUUAAUUUGAUAGUAGUAUUCCAUAAUGUAAUGUUUUCUAUCAAAUACUCCAAUUUGGACCUCUACGAUCUUCUUUGUUUUAAAUUUGAACCUUACAACGCGCGAUAACUCCCGAUUUCAAAAGUGAUGCCAUGCCCCUGACUCACACCUCGGAGUGAAGGUUUAACUUUUCUUGCUAGCUUCUCUACAAAAAGUGAUAUCUCUAUCUUAGGGCAUUAUAGCAUCUCUACCUAAAGUGACAACGCUAUAUGGCACUAUAACAUCUCUACCCAAAAUGAUAUCUCUUUGUGGCAUAGCAUUUUUACCUAGAGUUAUUUCUCUAUAAACCACCACGGAUUGAAGGUUUAACUUUUCUUUGCUAGCAUCUCUACAAAAAGUGAUAUCUCUAUAUUAGGGCAUUAUAGCAUCUCUACCUAAAGUGACAACGCUAUAUGGCACUAUAACAUCUCUACCCAAAGUGAUAUCUCUUUGUGGCAUUAUAGCAUUUUUACCUAGAGUUAUUUCUCUAUAAACCACCUCGGAUUGAAGGUUUAACUUUUCUUUGCUAGCAUCUCUACAAAAAAAGUGACAUCUCUUUAUAGUGGCUUCAAAACAUCUAUACCCUAAGUGAUGUAUCUAUUUUGACACUAUAGCUUCUAUACCCAAAGUGAUAUCGCUAUAUGUCACCAUGACAUCUAUAACGAAGUGAUGUCAUUAUGCGGCACCAUAACAUCUAUACCCAAGGUUAUCUCGCUAUAUGGCACGAUAACAUCUAUCAACAAAGUGAUAUCGCUAUGAGGCACUCAAGUAUGUUAAUAACGAUGCCUCGCCUUUAUUAUGUUCUGGAUCCGGCUCUGCGAAGUAUAAAAUACAGUGACAUUAAGAGGGCGAGGGUGUGGGGGGGGGAGAACGGGGGGGGGGGGAACGGAUGAGGCACUCAAGUAUGUUAAUAACGAUGCCUCGCCUUUAUUAUGUUCUGGAUCCGGCUCUGCGAAGUAUAAAAUACAGUGACAUUAAGAGGGCGAGGGUGUGGGGGGGGGAGAACGGGGGGGGGUGGAACGGAACAGGUAUCAACAUGAGCUGGGGGCCGACUUAGCCAGACACACACACGUAUCGUUUGUUUGUUUCUCACCUGUUGGCCUGCACGAAAGCUGUCGAGUUAUUCAAUGAGAGACAGAUUAGUAAGAUCCUUUUUUUUUUUGGGCACCUGCCAGGUGAGUCGUCCGUUCCCCAGGGAUAACAGACUUGAAAUAUUUGCUUUAUUAAAAAUAAUCAGCCGACUUGAGACCAUACCACAUACAAGUAAAUAGUUGCUUUUAUACCUAUGUAUUGUUUGUGCGUUGCCUGUGUUUGACUCAUUGGAUAUCUUAAUUGAUUGGUAUCGUGUCUUCAGGUAUACUGGUGUACCGCCUUUGGGUGUCAUCACUAUUAAAGCGUAGCAAUCAAAAUAAAAUAUUUCCUGGCAUUACUGCACGAUGUUUCCCGAAGAGGCCCCGAGAGAUUACAUUUAAAUCCGACCCCACCGUCCGAUGAGCUCCGAAUUAAAACAUGGGGUGACAAGUCGUUUUAUCCCUGAAACAAACAAAAAAUUAAUUUACAAAAUUAAACUUAAAGCUGAAUGACUGAAGGCGAUUUGCAUGUUAAAGUUACAGUGUCGUGGCAAUAUUGGCACAUUAUCGGGAAUUUCAUAAUGUGCAAAAAUAAAUUAAGGAAUAUUAUGGAUGUACCUUCUUAUUAGUAAUUAGUUAAAGUGGAAACUGUGGUUUAUUACCUAGUAAAACACCCAUUAUGAUUAUGAGCCCAUUAAUACUAACAAAGAGGUUAUGUAACACACGGAAAUGAAUCAAACUGAGGAUGGGAAAACCUGACCAAAAAGAAAAUGACGCAACAAAACAACGAACGUAUCUGCACGAAGACUUCUUCAGCGAACAAACAACAGUAAAAACAACUUGAAUUAAUUUUUUUUUAAAUAAGCACUUAGCUGCACUGAAGAGUCCGAGACCUGUGUAACACUCGCUCGUUUUCUUCAUCACACCGCGUAGUGCACAAACAACAGUUCACAUGUCAAUGCCCCUUAUCAUUUUCCUGCAAAGCAUCAACACACAAAUCUUGCACAACUCUUGGCGUGGACAAAAAUACUUCUUUCCGAUAGCUUGAAGCAAAAAUUGUGUGGGGUUUUUUUGUUGUUUUUUUUUAAACCAAAUAGCCACACCUGCUAAACAGAACAGAUAGAAAUCAUUUUUAAAAAAAAAUGUUAGCAAGCUCUGAAUUCUAAACAUUUGCCAGGCAGUCAGGAUGGGGAGAUUUGUACAGCGACCGACACUUUUACAUCAACAACAAGCAAACAUAACAUGCCUUUCACAGAGGCGUAGCUGGAAUCUAAAUGCGGUAGGGUGCGGAAGCGGGCUUCUCUUGUCAAUUAAAAUUCAAUUUCUAUCUCCCACAUUGAGGCUACACCUACCGAUGAGGGUUUUCUUUGAACUGGCAAAGGAAAUCAUGGUCCUGCCCUCUUGAGGCAACUCCCUUCACACAUCUGUCGGGCCGGGAAAUCUCAUCAAAAGAAAUGACAAGCAAAAAGAUAAUUAGUUUCUUCCGGACAUGCUCUAAAACUUGUUUAAAGAUAUUAUUUUGUUCCUUCUAAUCAAUCAUAUAUUUCGGUAUCAACAUGAAAUAACAUAGCCACGUGUUUCGGUGCUUUCAAUUAAUCUGUCGUUGAACGUUGAAGCUCUGUCACAACCUGGUACUAGAUUGUUUUACUGGCGUCAGACAAAGACAUUCCACUAGGCACGUGUCUCGGUCCAUUUUUAGCUCAGAGAUGUAGGACAUAAUUAUCAAAAAAAUAUUGGAGUUUCGUCCGUUUUUAUUAAUAUUUUUUCAAUAUCUUCUAUUUAAAUUAAAAACAUAUCAUAUAAUUAUGUCAAAGAUUUGAAAACGGGUAUAGAAACCUAUAAAAAUAAAACAGAUAAAAGCUGUCUAGUUAAUUUUUAGUUUUCACUAGACUACUAAGUGGCGUGCAACACGUGAGUGUGCAAUAUUUUAUGAUCGUGUUCUUAUUAUUUGAUUUGAAAUAAUUGUUUGAAAAAAUAAUUAAUUAAACUUGAUUUUUUUUAAAAAAGAUUUAUACCCAACGUUAUUUAUUUCUAGUACACCUGAUAAACUUUUUAUUUUACACAAUAACUAUUCACAUUUAACUCCAUUCACAAAAACCUACCUAGAUCUAUAUCUUCCUAGCCCAUAUUUCCAUCCCCUGGCAUUUAUACCUGCCUGCCAACCCACCAGUUCACCCAAAGCGAUAACAUCGGCAUCAGCUGUCCACUUGAGAUUAGUUCGCAGCCAGAUAAACAAGGCAUCGAACACAUUCCAUGAAUGAAGUUGUACUUACCUAAGGCCUUUUGCCGCCGACCUCUCGAAUCAAGUGUGGAAAAACUUCCUUCGCCUGAUCAUUGCAGGCAAGGACCUGUUGCUCACAGGUCUGACUGCUUUAAACACGUCACUCUCUUUCCCUCUUCCUGUAUAACAUAAUGUCAUAGUGUUGUAGGAUAGUGGGUUUCUGAUCCAUUAAACCUAUUUCUUGUGACAUGGGCGUCUUUUCAGAGGGGGGGGGAGGGCAAGGGGGGUGGAAAAAACAAAACUUGAUCGGGUUGUUAAGUUGUUUCUUGCUGGAGGCUCAAAAAUACACAGCAAUUUAAAUAAAACCUGCAAAUUCAAAAAAAUGUCGUCCUUGUCUAACGACAUAGGAAAAGUCUGAAUGAUUAAAUUGACUUAGUAAAUCAUGUGAGACAAUAUAUAAAUUAAAAAAAUUAUUUAAUAACUAAAUGUCUGGAAUAUCAUCUUACUUCUGUGAAUAUAUUCUUAAUAAUGUGAACAUUCUAUUAUUUCCAUUAAUAUUAUCUUAUUUCUGUGAAUAGAAUCUUAUUUCCGUGAAUAUCAUCUUAUUUAUGUGAAUAUCAUCUUAUUGCUUUGAAUAUCAGCUUAUUUCUGUGGAAAAAGCAUCUUUACCUUUAAAUUAUUGUUGUCCAAUUUCAUCAAAUUACAACUUAUAUGUUUGAGAUGAAACGACGCAUACAUUUCACAUUCAAUCUCUUGUAAAUUUGCUUCCGCUAUUAUCCUUUAAAGAGAAACCAUUCAAAGUCUUUAUGAAAAAAAAAACCUAUAAAGUUCUGAAGCAUCUUUUCCAACACCCUCGACUAUGACCUCAAGCUGAAACUAAAGCAAAGUCUCUGGUCAUUUGCCCCUUUAACUUAUAAUAAUUGCGCAAUCGCUUUCUACGUGCACAUCUGUCAAUGAUUAUUGUCAUCACAUCAUAAAUAUUAAGCCUGUAAGCCAGGGGUUCUCGACCUUCCUCAUGCCGCGACCCUUUAAUGUAAUUCAACAUGUUGUGGUGACCCCCACCCAUAAAACUAUUUUCGUUGCCACUUCCUAAAUAUGUGUUGUCCGAUAGACUUUGACUACCCCUGUGUGAGAAUCGUUCGACCCCCAAAGGUUUCGCGACACACAUGUUGGGAAACGCUGCACUAAGGCGUGUAUGUAAGCAAGGCUGUAAAGAUUUGUUCAAUAUGCGGCAAAGAUAAAAUUGCCAGAAGUUGGCACUAAUUAGGAUUCUUAUAAUGUGCGUUACUAGGAUUCGUGGUUUGUGAAGUAACUUUAUCAGGUGGAAAGUUCACGUAUUGCGGACAGAGGCGUAGCGUGGUGGGGGCAGGGGGGGACAGAUGUCCCCGGGUGCCAGCUAGUUAGGGGCGCAAAAUGUGCUUUGAUAUUUUUUUAUUGAUGAAAAUAAUGGCUUUAGUUGAAAAAAAGAAAAAUGGGCGCUUUAAAAUGGAUAUUGUCCCCGGGCGCGAAUCUUAUCCCCGGGUGCCAAACACCCUCGCUACGCCACUGAUUGCGGAUGCCAUUGUUUGGCGGGUAAUCCCACAAUAUCAAUUUUAAAAAAAAAAAAGAUAAAUAGAAAAUUGUUACGUUUUAAUAAGAAAACUUUUUUAUGAAUGUUACUGAAAAGUUGGUUAUUCAUAGGUACAACAUAUGAACAGCUGCGCAUCCAUUUGGGGGAAUUACUAAUCAGAAAAAAACAAUUUCUAGAUAAAUAGAACAUGUUGCAAAUAUUUCUUUUAUUGGGAAAUAAUAUAACACUAGAUGUCCCUCGUGGAAAUGUUUACAUCCUCUUGACACUCUCGACUUAGAGCUGGCUGUGUGCCAUUUAUCGUUGAUAGUUCACAGCUAUGGGUAGCAGGUCGAAUUGGAAUACUCCAUUUGUUCAAGUAAAAGAAGUUAUUCUUAGGAAGGCUAUAUGUUAUGUGCGCUUUUUUCAAUUUAAAAAAACAAAAAAAACAAUAUACAUCGUCAGAUAGCAGCAAACUUGGUGGCUAGGAAUUAGUUUUAAUCGACUGACUUCAUGACAAAGUAGUUGAGUGCUUACCCUGUUACACUUUCAGAGUAAAUCUGAAACGGCUGUUUAAAAAGAAAAACUUGCCAUAUUAGUGGUUAAAUUUCCUGUGUCACUCUGUUUAAUUAUUAUCUCGAAAUAAAAAAUCUUUAACGCCAUGGUUUUAUCAUUGUUCCAAUAAAGCAUGAUUUAAAAUUAUAGUUUGAGACCAGCGUCUCUAAACUGAUUAUAUAUAUAUUUUAUCAUCACCAGGUGAAGAAUUUGGCCCUGUUGUCUCGGUGUGCAUUGAUUACGUCACGCAACUCCCCCCACGAAACAUCAUACGUCAUCAAGUGACGUCAACGCGUUUCUCCGAAAUCAGGUUUCAUUGAAUUUACCCGCUCCCAUCAUCUCCCCUCCACAAGUCAUCACGUCAUUGCUUAUUUAUUUGAGAACGUCUGUCUCUUCCACCAAAGUAUUUUAUCGUGUGACAUUUCAACUAUUUAGUAGUUGGCUUAGCUAUUUAAUCAGUUUUAUCGUUUUAGGAGUGUGUUGAUUGUGUUGUCGCUGUAAAAUUAUAUUCUAAAAAAACCAACGGAACGAUAGAGCAACUGCAUCUCUGAAGCCUGCCAAUUAUUUUUGGAUUCUACUUUCGGCAUCUCACUUCCGGUGUAGAUCUAAACCUCCAUCGAGCCUUGGUUGUACCACACGGUAAACGACAAAAGGAAAAAAUAAAUCGUGGACUAACUUUUCAUCUGCAAAGAAUACCCAAAAAAAAAAGGAAAAGGGAAUAAACUCACAUCGGCGUAACUCCCUCCCAAUAAAAGAGUGUGACGAAAACAGACCAAUCAGCCAAUGAAAAAGAAAACAGUUGAGGGCAGCCGCUGUUGAACAUUAAGCAACACAAUAUACUAAACUGGAAGAGUGAAGUCUCAAUUAAGAAAAAGACCGAUGCGUUAAAUACAUUAAAACACACCAGAACAAGGAGACUAUCAGCUUAUUAACAAAACAUCUUUAGCGGGAAAAAAAACACGCAUUGUAAUUUUAGAUAAUCGGAACAAUUGUAUUUGAUCAGAAGUAUGCAAAUAUAGCAUCGGAUAUAAUAUAGAUUUUUAUUUUGGAGAUUUUUGCGAAGAGGAGAAAUGUUUUGUUACAAUGUAAUGUAGAUGGAAUAAACAAUACAGCUUUAAAUUAAACUGAGCUCUAAGCUUAUUAGAGUUACAAAACUACAAAGAAGACAGCCCCUUGCACUGUGCUCAAACACAAAGAUCUUAAUAGGCAAAUGAAACACAUUUCCUACACACAAAGCACCAUCUGAGACGGAAUUGGUGCUUAUCUUCUUUCUGCAUACAUCGGGUAUUCCCAGUGUGAGGUGCAACGCCUAGAAACUUAUCUCUUGCAUGCGCUAGAGGCGACGUGCUUCAGAUAUCAUAGGAUUAAUCUUUCGUUACGCAGGAUUACAACCAAGAAGAAACGGCUGGUAUAAACAUUUUUUUUUUUUUUAGAAACGAGAAGGAAUUUUCGAAUGAAUGGUCACGAUGUUUAAGUGGAGAAGUUAAGAGAACUUAGGAGAACUUAGAGAGUAGGAUGCGCUGCAUGAUCCACGCAUUUGUGUUUACUCAUUGGAGUUUUGCCCCUGAUGGCCGCAAAACUCUGCUUUCGACUCUUCGGAGAUAGUUCGUUUGCUCUAAAACUCGUCUUCUAGAGUUAGUAAGUUACAGAGUUAUCGCGUCCCAGGCUUCAAACCAAAGAAAUUUUGUGAACAUAACCAUAUUUGAAGCCGAAAAAAAAUAGUUUUAUUUAAAGAUCUUUCGAUAGAUAGAGAGGGAAAAAAAAUCGUUCAAAGUCGACAUGGGUAAUCGCAUUGGAGGCCAAAAACAAAAAGACCAGAAGAACAAAGGGGACAAGAGGCGAGAAAAGGAAGCGAAGAAGGAGAAAGAGAAACUUCAGAAGAAAGAGAAGAGAGACAAGAAGAAGAAACCGCACCCCUCGGGAUUGGACACUGACUUCGACGAGUCGAGUCACGUGACCGGAGGGGAUUCCGAGUCGUGCGUGUUUCAUUCGGCGGAAAAUGUCUCCUCGAGUCCUUACCUGGACGCGUGCACGCGGUCUGAGCUGGAGCACGGCACAUCCUGGUCGGGCAUGUGCGAGAGCUUCUCGUCGGCAACCCAGCACUCCAAAGUCUUGUCUUCCAAAGACUUCAAGGACGGCUUCUCCCUGGAGGCCUGCAUACCCCCGGAUAUCGCCAGGCCGGAAACCUAUGACGACGGAGCCUCGUCGACGACGUCGCGAUUCGAGGGUCGGAGCGGCAGCAGCGUCAAAUCGAGGCGCAGCAACAACAGCGUGAAGAGCAACUCAGCGCAGCCUCGAUCGCGCCACGAUACCCCCAUAUCGCACAGGUCUCAACACGGCGACGACGCCGCAUCGGUCGGGACCUCGUCACAAGUCAGCGGCGGGUACCACACACCUCUUCUGUCCACGCCUAUAUUCGGGCGAACGGAGAGGCCCAACUCACCCGUUUCCGGUGCCUCGUCAACACUCACCCGGGUCCAGGAGACCGAUCCUAACGACUCGAUGGACAUCACGCCGAAAACCACAUUUCAUCAUCCUCAUUUUUACAACCACCAAAAACCGAGAACGCAAAAACAACUACAACAUCAACCCACCAGCAGCACCGACUUUCGAAAUCUACCGAAGCCGACCUCCCCCCACCCACAGCGGAGAGCCCUGUCUCCAAAAAUGACGUCAGCUCCCGUGAAGCUGAUCUCUUCCGAUGAAUCAUCGUCAAGCCCCACCACCCCCACCCCACAGAGGCGCGCGGCCAACAUCCUAGACCUGUUCAGGCCAGGUAGCAGAAGCGAUAAAUCUAAGAAAAAUAAGAACAGAGAUAAGCAGGCAUCAACAGGGGCGGCUUCGAAAGGGGGGAUCAACACCGGCAGUGGGGAGGCCGAUGGAAAGUCAAAAUCGAGCCCGUUGUGGAAGACGUGGGAGAGGUCCAGUGCCAAAAAAAUAGAAAAACAAAAUAGAGUAUCGAUAUUUGGAACGACGAGAAAAACAGAACAGAAGAACCCGGGGAAGAACGCGAAGGAGAGUAAGCAAAUACAAACAGGAGAGUCGAUUCCAGUCGGUGUCAACAACCCACACACGGUUGUAUCUGGCGAAAACAUUUCGAUCACUGGAUCGCCUGAAACUACGGCAACACGGCUGUUCACGCACAAGACGAGCAGAACAAGCAGCAGAAGCUCGGAUUCAAAUUUAGAGUCCGUCUCGAGAGUGAUCAACGGAAGCGACGAAGGCGAUUUCAUGAAACGAACGAGUAGCCCUCCCAUGGUUAAGUCGGCCGCGGUUUGCAUCAUGAAACUGGAAGAGCUGGAGAGAUCAAUAGAGCAGACGAUACGGGAAAAAUUCCCGGACGCCGAACCGUUUCUGUUGAAAAAACGCACAAAGGACGAUGAGGUAAAAGGGUCAAGGUCUUUACCGUCGACCCCGUCUUUAAAAAAGAAACUGUACGUCGUCCGCGAUGUUGACGACUCCAAACGAAACAGUCAGAAAGACCCGGGGGACGUAAAUCUAAACGCCGUGUCGGAAAGACUGGGCGAGAGCACGAGAUUGACGUUCGAGUGUUUACCCAGCCCUGCCAUGUCGCCAGUCGUGUUGCGAAGGUUCGGCGCGCGGACGCGUCACGCGAGCAUAUCGCCGAAAAUUCCACGCGCGAAAACCGCCGCGCUGUACGCAUCUCCGGGUGAGAUGUCCCGGAUGGAAGAGUCCAUGUCGACGAAGACCGUCACCAAGGUCCCCGUCUACCACGCCCUGUCCACCAAGCAGCCCCAGACGCCUGUCCUGUCCACGCAGCUCAUGAAGCCGCUCUCCGCGUCCCAGAAGUCGACGUCAAAGUACGAUAACGUCAUGGAUGACACCGACGACGCCCUGCCGUUCUUACAGAGCGGUCCUCAACUCGUCAGGCAGCACGGGGUGGAGGAAUACGACAGCGAUGAGGUGGAUGAGAAGACCUCGUACGACCACGUCAGGGACAGUAACUCGAAUCCUGUCAUCGUUCCAACAUUCUCUGCUGUUUUUGGGUCAGUCUCGCCCAAGCUGAGACGACACGUGCAGAUGAAGGUUGAAAAAACGGACAGCACGGCCGGGACGAAUGUAAAAAGACAACUGAACAAUCCUGACACAAAUGUGAACGAAAAAACGAAAGCGUUUGUACGCGCAUUAAGCCAAUCCCCCAAACCAGUCACUAAAGAUAUGCUUACAAAAACCAACGUUGUGAAGGUUGUAGGCAGUGCAGUUCCUAUUUCAGUUUCUUUAACUGUUCGGUCCACACCGAGGGAUGGCCAUCCGGAACAACUCAAACACGUUCCGAUAAAACAGAAAGGUAUAUCGGGAAAUCCCCCAACAUCCGGAGUGGCUGGGGAAGCUGGGAUUUCUACGCAGUCAAAUCGCUCAACGGAAGCAACGACAUCAUCAAUCAGCCCUGCUCAUCCUGGCGCCGUACAUCAAAGCGUUACAUCUGACCGUGCGGCGACACGUGAGUCAGUCAAGCCACGGCCUUCAUGUCUCAAUAAGUCAUUGUCCAAGGAGUGGACGCCAGCCACCGCUCAAGAACACACAGGCAGCAACACAGGGAGAGGUGUGAGCACUAAACUUGACGCAACACGGAAGUUAAGCAACGACGAGAUCGCACCGUGUUCAACAGACGAAAGAAAUAGGUUAACGCGUGUUGCGUGUGAUACUAGCGCGCAGCUGCAGCAGAAACAAAACCACACCGGUAGCAAAGAAGAAGAACCGGAAAAAUGUUGCAGCCCCACCUCUCCUGGCACCCAACGUAAGCAUUCCACGGAACACGUGAUCUUCGGAUCCGCCGUUACCCUUCCCUGCCGAUUGAACGUCAGUGCUCCGCUCCCAGCCCCCGCCUCACCUGGCCAGGAAGAUCUCAACAAUGUAAAUAUCUCGCAAUCGGCGUCUCCUCGCGACGCACUGCAUGGGAAGAAAACGAGUGUUCUAUACGUGAAAAAACAAAAAUCCAUCUCCUGCGAGGAGGAUAAGAGAGCGGAAUUCGAACCGCAAGAAACGUCUGUAGCAGCACGAACAGAGCCUGGUGACUCUGUCAGUGUUAAACGUAAUGUUGUGAGCUCGGUGCCAAUUUCAAACACAUCCAGCGGAAAUUGUAACAUAACCACGUACCACGCAGGAGCCGUUAUAAAUAAAGGCCAGAUAUGGCCACCUGCAAAGACUAAUCAUCACGAUCAAUCGGUAAACGAUGUCACGAGUUAUUCCUCACUUAGGCAAAUUCAAAGUUAUCGUAACGUUGAUGAUAGUGGCGUUCAACACCAUACGGAUUACGCAAAAAGGGAUACGACACGAGUCUCUGGCGACGUGACGCAGCUCGCUGCUAAAAGUCGACUGAACGAUCAUCGUUCAGAUGGUGAGGUCAGGAAGGAUUACCGGCCGAAUAACCGCGAGGAUGAGCAGAGGUUUGUCGUGUUGAGGAAUCCUGUGUCAAAGGUCAUUUCUGAGAUGAUCAACGUCAGCAAGCUAGAGGAGCAGAUCGAAAGACGACAGCAGCUUCUGCAAGAAGAUGAAAAACGACAACUGCAGCAGCCGAAGAUCCAGCAAGCUGGUCCUGAGUACGGUGUCAAACACGUCAAGCAGGUCGUGGCCACGGUGAGAACUCCAAGCUACGAGCUGCCGUGCCUGACGCUCGAAGAGAAAACAGUUCGCAGCGACAGUUCCGUCUCCCUGCCGUCCUCUCCUCUCAACAGCAGCAAUGACCAAGUCGUCAGAGACCUGACGGGGUCCAAUGAAGAAAUGGCAAUCGAAUCAAAGUGUCAGGAAAUUCAAACGGACACCGUCACGACCGCUGACAAAAGCGUUGAUAGCAACAGCCUGACGAGAAACGACUCGUCCAAGUCCUCAACCAACACUGCUCUUCCUUUGGUGAGACACGCCACUGACAAGAAAACGGCGGGGCAGGUUUGGCCGGACGUGACGAAUCUCGUCACGCGAGACUCGACCGACAGCUCGUCUGGCGAGAGUGAAUUUCUCCAAAUGGUUCUGGCUUCGAAGAAGUCCAUUACCCCCACGCAGCAAAUCGAUCCCGCGGGGAAACCUAACGUCGAUGAUCAGACCAAGCGACAGGCUCCUCCGCCUCCAAGCCCCACGGCAAUACAACAACUUAUUGAAGAGUUUGAAGAGGAGGGAUCAGACGCAGAGGUGCACGAGAAGAAGGAAAUCGAAAUGGCGUUGAGGAAAGAGUCCGAAAUCAAAGAAUUUACGGACAAAAUUUACAAACGCUUGUCCAAUCUGCUCGGAAGUCAAGAAGACAUUGAGGACGACGUGUUCGCGGAAGACGCAGAGGCAGGGCCGAGGAAACACGACGUGGAAGACUUGUUUUCUAGGCUGGAUCGAGGCCACGACAGUUUUUCAUCAGAUAGUGACGAGGACGAGCCUGGGUACAACACGGCACCUAUGAUGUCGUCGGGUGAGAGAAAUCUGUCGAAAGUCCUCACGAUUGAAACCUCGUCCUCUCUCACGACCACCACCUCUUCGGAAUCGGAUAUUUACGAAGAGCCGCCACCCUUUCACGCACACGACAGUGAAACUAACGCGAAUUUCCUCAGCUCUGAAGGAUUUCCCAAACGUAAAACGGAACCGAACGUUUUCGUUUUCCCAGAGCUCGAGAAUGUGCGAGAUGUGGACUCUGACGAUGCGCGCCAGAGACGCAACUCUCGUGAAUAUCAUAGCGAUGACGACGUGGCCACCGGGCGGGGCAUCCCCGAUUACUACGACGACAAGCCACUGUGGACCAAGCGGCAGAAGCCGCCCGGUCACAUGUCAGCCGCCAUGAUGGCCAUCCGUCGCCGGGAACGUCGGGAGAGGUGGCUGAAAAAGAGGCGGAGAAACAAGACGGACCUGCUCAGCACAGGAAGCAGCGACACCGGCUCUGAGCUGGCCCUUGACAGGAGAGAUAACCCAGGCAGGGUCACUGAACUCUCGGCGUUCGGCUAUGACGAAGACGAAGAGUUCGCCGAGUACGAACGAAGGAUCCAACGAAACGAAAUGGGAUCGGGGAUUCUCACGUCCCCUAAAUACAGUAAACCCAUUCUCCCAUUUUUGGGCGGAGGGCUCCGUGGUAAAAAUGGAGACGAGCUGGAGAGGGAGAGCGUCUCGCAAAAAAUCGAGUCCGACACGAGCCUCUAUCGAGAUUCAGGAAAUAAGCCAAGCGUAGCCGUCGACAGCCACCGGCAGAGAAAACAUGGGAGGGAGCGGAGAAAAAAGAGCAGCUAUGAUAACGAUCUAUGUAACCAGGAAGAGGAUUUCGAGAUCAGCGACCAGGGAGACCUGGACAAUGUCCUGAACGCGGAUCCCAACGGGAACAACGACAAGACGCGCAAUCCUGAAAGGUUCAGCUCGGGCUCCAAUCUGGCUAUUCCUGGAAUCGAGGAGACCUUCAACGAGCUCAUGUCAGUCAAGCAUAUCCUCGAGGGCCUGCAGGAUCGGACCCCUGCCCACGAGACCAACACCGAAGCGAAGUUCAUGCCGCUAACCACGGAAAACGUUAAAUCUAUACGGGAGUAUUACAAAGACUGCUACUCGUCCGGAAACGGGCGAAGGUCGAGGAUGUCCGCCACGGACAGGACUGAAUCUGACCUGGAUAUUUAUUCAGAAAACCGUGACGACGACGAGAGCACCGACAGCAAUUUUAACGCCGACGACGAGGAAGACGACGACGGGAUGGAGCCCUAUGCCACAGCCGAUGACGAUCUAGCUGCCACGGGCGGCAGCAGCAGCACCGGCCCGAGUGGUCGUCGGGGGCCAGGCGACGACGACGACUCUGAAACGAACGUUGUCGUCAGCUGCACGUUUUACAACUCCAACGCCUUCCCCGCCGUGGCAGAGAGCCAGGUGGUCCCCAAGAGCGCCCCGAUCGUGGUGGCCAUGAGCAGUGUGAAAUCCACCCCGAACACGCUGACCCCGACCGCCCAGGCAUCGCUGUUAAACAGCGACGAAGAGUUCUGGGCAGGGAGUGCGGCCAUAGACGACAGCUACCGUCAGUUGGAGACCGCAACCGACGCAGUCAGCUCAACAUUCCAGAACGCUCGUGAGCAAAUGCAGGACAUUCAGCAUCACCUACAAGCCCUGAGGCGGCAGAUGGAGGUCCUGCAGGACGACCUCACGAGCACACCCAAAACUGUACCUCAAGAAGUGCCUUUAGAAAAUCAAGGGAAAUAAAAACCCGUCCCGGAUGUGUAGAAUAGAGAUGCUUGUGUCCCUUGGCAUAUAGUUACUUGCUUCAAUUAAACAGACUCUCUUUUUUUAUAUUUUUUUAAAUAUGAACAUUACUAGAUUGAUUUCUUACGAGAACAAAGGCUAUAGGACAACAAGGAUUAGUUGAAACUAUCGAAGAUCUCAACUUCUGUGUUUGAAGAGAAAUCACAUGGGACUUUAUUUCACCAUAGCAUCAACGAACGAGAAACAAACAGGAUAUAUAUGUUGUUUUUUUAAGGUUACCACAACGAUUCGAAAAUAAAUUAUCAGAAAUCUAUUGAGGCGUAUGUUAUUUAGUGACACGAAUACUAUGUUCCUUAUGUGUUUAUUAAACUUUAUGGAUGCCAUGAAAUUCACGGGUUGUUGUGUCGGUGAAAUAUUCCGGCAUGGAUAAAAAUGAAAUGUGUAUAUAUUCGUUCAGGUAAACACAGAAGGGCGUGUACAAAGCUUCUCUCCCCCUGCCACUUUAUUUAUUGUUCAUGUAACAACCCUUAGUUAAUGCACAAGACUACAAUAGUGCCACUGUACCGCCAUAUACACUACACUAAACUAUGAUAGUGCUACUGUAUCGCCAUAUACACUAAACUAAACUAUGACAGAGCUACCAUAGCGCCAUGUACACUACACAAAACGCUUAUAGUUUAGCGCUACUGUGCCGCCGUACACUGCAUACAACAUAGAUAGUGCUACUGUACCACCAUGCACUGCACAAAACGUUGAUAGUGCUACUGUACCACCGUGCACUGCACAAAUCGUUGAUGGUGCUACUGUACCGCCGUGCACUGCACAAAACGUUGAUGGUGCUACUGUACCGCCGUGCACUGCACAAAACGUUGAUGGUGCUACUGUACCGCCGUACACUACACAAAACGCUUCUAGUUUAGCGCUACUGUGCCGCCGUACACUGCAUACAACAUAGAUAGUGCUACUGUACCACCAUGCACUGCGCAAAACGUUGAUAGUGCUACUGUACCACCGUGCACUGCACAAAACGUUGAUGGUGCUACUGUACCGCCGUGCACUGCACAAAACGUUGAUAGUGCUACUGUACCGCCGUGCACUGCACAAAACGUUGAUGGUGCUACUGUAUCGCCGUACACUGCACACAACGUCGAAAGUGCUUCUGUUCUCCCAUACACACUACGCGUCAGUGAAUAGACCUAGGGACGAGACAUAAGCACAAAUUGUGUUCGAACUCUGUCCCGAUGACUCUAAAUAAGGUCUUGAAUAAUAGAUUUUUAUCUUUUCAAUAAGUAUGGAUAGUUUUAUGAGUCUUCGGGGGCAAUGAGUGUAACAAUGCGUGUAGCAAUGAGUGCAACAAUGUGUGUAAAAAUGAGUGUACACGCCAUGUUCUUGUGUGAAAUAAAUAUCUCGCCGUUUAAAUUUGUCGUAACGGAUUAGUUAGGUCUUUCUUCGUCCCCCACCCACCCCCUCCUACACAUUAACAAUCCUGAGAAUGUGUCCUUGCUUGCGUUCCUAGGAUGUAGCCAUGUGUCACAACAACAGAAUGUCAUAUCAUAUUUGUUGCUAUUCUAGGUUUUAGGUGAUUUUUCUUUAGAAAAAUAAAUAUAAUUUUAUGAAAACAUUAUGGAUGAAUAUUUUUAUUUCAAUUGACUUGCACCCGCCUGUCACUGAUAUUUUAGUUUGUAUUUUGAAAGCAUCAUCUCAAAUAAAACAAACAAAAUAAGAAGAAUAAUUCAGGUAUUUUGUCAGCUUUCCAAGAUUGCCAUGAGGCCUGAGAGCACACCUUUCCCUCAGCUGCCUGUCCGGCGUGCUCGUCUACCUUUCAGGCUUCUCCGUCUGAAAAGAUCAUAAUGUUUCUAUAAAUAGAUAGGAUGAUGUGCUAAGUUUACCAGACGGGACAACUGAGCCACUACACGUUGCUCCGUGUCUGAUUUCCUAAACAUUCAAAGCUUGGACUCUGCGUUUUCCGUCUCACAAAAGUAAAACAAAAUUUAUCCAAAACUAACAACUGCUUAACAUACGUGAUAAUAUAGGGUUGAUCUUGACUUCUAGGAUAUUUUUAAAAAAUUCAUUUUACAUUCUCACAAUUAGGUCACAUGGACCUGUCCCAAAUGUGCCACAUUGCUCUGUCAGAAGUAUGCCACCUCGACCUGUCACAAGCAGGUCACAUCGACCUGUCUCAAAUCUCCCACAUUGCCCUGUCAGAAGCAUGUCACCUCGACCUGUCACAAAUAGGUCACCUCGACCUGUGACAAGCACGUCUCUUUUCCCCGUUACUCGUAUCCUGGCAUCACCCCGUAACACUCGACACAACACAUGGGCUACCAGUUGCUUAGCUAGGGCGUGUGCCACCUGGCAUCACCCCGUCACACUCGACACAACACAUGGGCUACCAGUUGCUUAGCUAGGGCGUGUGCCACCUGGCAUCAC